AUGUGUAUGAUGGAUUUGGAAGCUGAUAACAUUGUGAGUUGGUGGUUGUAUACAUUUUGGUUAAACUCCUUGCAGUUGUUAAGUUUGUUUUAUAAUCCAAUGCAUUGUGACGUAUCUAAACAAAAUGGCCAAGCUGCAGAAGAGGAGUUUAAAGCGUUAACAUGGAGGUCGCUGCUACUGAAGUCCCGAAGCGACUGCCGUUACUGCCAAAAGUUCCGACGACCGUUGCUAUAUAAAAGAAGAAGUGUUGAAUGCUUUGUCAAGAUUACAACCUCAAGUGGUAAUGGUUGUUCCAGAAGCAAGGAAGCUCAAAGGUGGCGCAUUGUUGGAAUAGAAUGA